AUGCUGUCUUCAUGCUGUCGUGGCAGCAUCAUGCUGUUUCUUCUCGCCGUCCUCUCGUCGACCCGCGCUCAGCUUGGGGCCUUUCGCCGCUCCGCUUUGCAAGAUGAUCUCGAAUGCACCGACAUAAACGACUGCAGGCGGCUCUUCGACAUCGUCUGGGGCUGUCUGGUGACGAUCUUUCUCUGUAUAUGGGUCUCCGUCCACCCAAAUGUCCCGCCUCCCCGUCUCGCGCGACCACAGAAUGCAGCUGGGUUUUUGAAGCUGGCUGAAAUGGCAGGUUGUCGGCAAGAAUGGGCCGCUGCUGCGUCGGCUGAAGCUCAUGUGUGGCUCGAAUUUGCUCUCCUUCAAGUGUUGACCCCUCCUUUAGACUACGGGGUCUCGCUGACCCAUGGCUUCUUCAUCGUUAUGGGCGGCUUUGUCGAUGUUGAUGAACAUCCUAUUGUGACGAAGGAGCAACUGUCGACACCAAAUGUGGUGCAAGAAAUCCACGCCGUCAAAGAGUCCGACAUCGAUGACAAGAGCAAAGGGGACCUGUUCUCGAAAGGCAUUGCCCUUUGUCAAGGGCUUUGGUUUAUCGCUCAGUGCAUCGCACGAAGGCUGCAGCGGCUCCCUCUAACGUCGCUCGAAGUGGCCACAUUGUCAUUCGCGGUGCUCAACGCGCUGACCUGGCUAUUCUGGCUCGGUAAGCCGCUCGAUGUGCGCAAUCAAAUCAAGCUUCCGGUCCGCACCAGCCCCCCAAACCACACCGCCAGCCCUCCGUACCCCGCCAGCGCCUCGUGGCUCGACCGCUUCCUCAGUGUAUUCGGAAACGCCUACCACGAGGCCGACUACGAUCCCCUGUCCAACACGGCGGUUCCCACGUUCUGGUGCACCACCGUUUCCAAUUACAUCGACAUCCGCAGCUCCACGCGGGCGCAUUGGCUGUCGUGGACGCUCACGGACGCGAUCCCGUUCUUGUCCGGGACGCUGUUUGGCGGCAUCCACUGCCUCGCGUGGCGCGCCGCGUUCCCUUCCCCUGCCGAAAUGUGGCUCUGGCGUAGCUCCGCGCUGGUACUAACUGUGGCACCCCCGGUCUUCCUCGCGGCCUCGCUACUGUAUACCAUUUCUCCGGAGGGCAUGCUGGGCUUUGUCGGUGUGUAUUCGGUUGCACGGGGCAUCCUCCUGGUGUUGCCGUUGUCCGCGCUGCGACUGCUCCCACUGGAGGCAUUCAGAGAUGUAGAUUGGAGUGUCUAUAUUCCCCACUUGUAG